AUGUCGCUAAAUCAUCAUUUACCAAAGAAGAUCUCAUUGGUUCCUAAGAAACAUCAUGGAUUUCAAGCUUUGCUAUUUCUCUUAGGUUUCUUACUACCUCCUAUCGCCGUCGCGGUACGUUUCGGUAUAGGAACAGAUUUCUUCAUCAAUGUCUUUUUGUGUAUCUGUGGUUACUUCCCAUGUCAUUUCCACAAUUUCUACAUCCAAAAUAUCAGAAACAAUCAAAAUAAAGCUCGUACACCCAAGUGGGCGAUCAAAUACGGUCUUGUUGAUAAUACAGAUCGAGAAAGAAGGCUCAAAAAGAGUCAAUGGUCAAAGAGAUUUGAUGAGAGGAAUGCUCAUUCUACAUUGAGAGAUCAAGAAUUAGAAGAAGGUGAAGAAGGUGGUAAUUAUGAUCCUACAACUACCAAUCCUGAAGAAGUUGAAAGAAGACGUAACGAAGGGUUAUGGACUGGAGACGAUGAGGAGUAUUAUAAUGCAGACCAAGCUCCUAACCAACAGAAAUGGCACUACCCAGCCAACUUCGAAGGCACUGUAGGUGAUGGAAGAUCGUACAAGAAGAGCGGUAGAAACGAUGCAGCAUCAGGUGAUCGUUGGGAGCGAGCCGCAAGACGAUCCUCAAAUGCCUCAUCAUCUUCAUCCAGCUAUCCUCCUGUAGCAGCUACAGAUGCUGAUGUACCUGAAUGGGGUAAAGACUAUGGAUCUAAAAGAGGUUCAUCAAAGAAGCAAAAUAAAAAGACAAGCAACAACAAACAUGAUUGGGCUAAUAAUGCCGAAUACGACAAUGUCUGGGCAAACAAUAACGGAAGCUCAACUAAUGUGUCAAGCGGAAGAUCAAACGGUAGAUCCGCCGGUGCACCUACAUCGAAUGCAGGAAAUAGUAAUAGUAAUGGUAGAGGUGACCCCAACUGGGACCAUGAAUUUUAG